AUGCCGGGAGCAGGAAGUGCCAGAAAUGCGCCGCCCGAGUAUCAGGUCAACGGCAAACACAAUGGCACAUCCAUCGUCCCGCAGAAUCUCUUGGAGGCACCCGGGCAAAGGCAUAAUGAGGCCAGGGUGUUCGCAAAAAGAUGGGCCAUCCUCGCAAUGUUUUGUAUCCUGUCGGCUUCAAAUGGAGCGCAAUGGAUCAUCUACGCCAUCAUCUCGCCGACUAUCGUCGACUUCUACGGCGUUUCGUAUGCAGCCGUCAACUGGACGUCUAUGGUUUACAUGCUCACCUACAUUUUCUUCUUCAUCCCUGCCGCGUGGGUCUUUUAUUAUUAUCAAAGAUUU